AUUUUGCAUUUCCGGGGGAGAGACCUGUGUGUAAACAACACAGGUCUCUCUCCUGCCAGCAGUAACAGGCUGUUUUGUAUUGCGCUGCACAGCACAGCACAGAAAUACACAGCAGCAUGUCUCCCUAGUAAAACACACACAGCACAUCAUGUUAAACAGCACACAGUUAACCCUUUGAUCGCUCCAGAUCUUAACUCCUUCCUGCCCAGUGCCAUUAGUACAGUGUCAGUGCUUUUUAUUAGUAUUGAUCACUGUAUUGGUGUCACUGGGGAUGUCAGUGGCAGUUAGUCAGUUCCCCCCAGUGUCAGAAUGCCUGCCACAGUCCCGUUAAAA